CCCAGCCGCGCAGAGCCACAGCGCUGUGCUGCCUGAGGUCCGAGCGGCUCGCCAUGGCUGGCCCGCAGCAGCAGCCCCCUUACCUGCACCUGGCGGAGCUGACAGCAUCCCAGUUCCUGGAAAUCUGGAAGCACUUUGACGCAGACGGAAAUGGAUAUAUUGAAGGUAAAGAGCUAGAAAAUUUUUUCCAAGAGUUGGAGAAGGCAAGAAAAGGCUCUGGCAUGAUGUCAAAGAGUGACAACUUUGGGGAGAAGAUGAAGGAGUUCAUGCAGAAGUAUGACAAGAACUCAGAUGGGAAAAUCGAGAUGGCGGAGCUGGCGCAGAUCCUGCCAACCGAAGAGAAUUUCCUUCUGUGCUUCAGGCAGCACGUGGGCUCCAGCGCUGAGUUUAUGGAGGCUUGGCGGAAGUAUGACACAGAUAGAAGUGGCUACAUCGAAGCCAAUGAGCUCAAGGGAUUCCUGUCAGACCUGCUGAAGAAGGCCAACCGGCCAUACGAUGAACCCAAGCUCCAGGAAUACACCCAAACCAUACUACGGAUGUUUGACUUGAAUGGGGAUGGCAAACUGGGCCUCUCCGAAAUGUCCCGACUCUUGCCUGUCCAGGAAAACUUUCUGCUUAAGUUUCAGGGCAUGAAGCUGACCUCAGAGGAGUUCAACGCCAUCUUCACAUUCUAUGACAAGGAUGGAAGCGGCUACAUUGAUGAGAAUGAGUUGGAUGCCCUCUUGAAGGAUCUAUAUGAGAAGAACAAGAAGGAAAUGAAUAUCCAACAACUCACCAACUACAGAAAGAGCGUCAUGUCCUUGGCUGAGGCGGGGAAGCUCUACCGAAAGGACCUGGAGAUUGUGCUCUGCAGCGAGCCCCCCAUGUAAAGGGGAGGCAGGGGCUGCUUCUCCACCUCCCCCAAACCCUGCCCUGGCUGCCCUGAUACUGCUCCCCAGACCCAGAGAUCGUGAGCGCCCCUCCCCCCGCCCCUGCAACCUACACACACCAGCCUGCAGAGCAGGAGAGGAGAGAUGGAGGCUGGGCGGCUGAGGGGCCUCCUUUGAGCCUGCCUCCAGCCCAACCCUGGCCUGGCCGAGCGCUCUGCCCGGUGGAUCACCACCUGUAUGGAAGGCGGGUGCGGGCAGGGGGAGCUUCCCUAGUUCUCUUCGCCGUGAUGCAUGAGCUCAUUCGCUGUAUGAUUUAGGCUUCUCGGUCCAACAGAGUGCGCUCGCCCCCUCGCUGCCCCUGCCUUUCCCGGUGCCGCGCCCACCCAGACUUCCGGCUCCACCCGCCUCCCUGCUAAUGGUGUAGCUGUCGUCGGAGCUCCCGUUGCGGAGGGCCUCUGCGCUCUCCUUGCCUUCCUUUCGUGCGUGCUCCCUUUCUCUUGGGUUUCUUGUCUUCUUGUUUACCAAAGAAGAGUUUACAGACAAUAAAGUGGAAACAUUC